AUGAACCUUCACACAAGGGUAUUCAGGGUCAUUUCUCCAGUGCCAGCUUCCGACGUACAUGACAUGGAAAUGGGAUCCACAAGCAUUUGCAAUGGACGUACUUUCUGUACCUUGGACAACCUGGCCUCACCUAUAUCUUUGUCCACUGUGGAACCUACUUCUCUACAUACUGCAGAAACUACAAUGAGAGAAGUGCCCUCUGGUAUCCUUGUUAUGUAUGAGAAGAAGUGA